AUGUUGCACAAUGCAAUGAUAUUAUCAUUCACAAUUGCUCUUAAGAUCACUCUGUUAGCGGCGAUAACACUCCAGGAAGAUGGCGCAUCAUUCAUUCUUGUCCCUCAUGGCGUCAGUCCUGAUGAUGCUGAAAGAGUAAUUAUUCCAGCUGUAAUUUCGGGGCCUCAACCACCAUUUCCAUGCCUGGUUGCUGGAAUGGGCACAUUUGAACAUGGUCAAACAUUCACUAAGGAACAUUUCCAUUACAAAUGUAACAAUGGUACCGCCGAAGUUAUUGCGUGUGUAGCAGAUGACAAAUCAGUGAUACAUAUCGGUCGAAUGUUUAUACGGGGCGGUGUGAGGCAUAAGUGUGAUGUGAAGGGGGAUACGGUCACUUACGAGCAAGAAUCAACAUGUUAUGAUAAUGGGAUUCAUUAUGAUGUUGGCGAUCAUUUUCGUAAUGGAUCAUUUGUCCUUGUUUGUCAUAAAGAUGGUAUUACAAUUGAAGGUUGUUACGCUCGAAACACGGAUGUUACAAUACCUGUAGGGACCGAACGAAUCGUUGGCCAUUAUUUGCAUAAAUGUGAGCUACUUGACCAAGGACGAGUACGAUAUACCGCAAAUUUGAUUGGAUGUAAAAAAGAUAACGAAUUUUUCAAUGAGGGACAGAUAUGGACAUCAGAGCAUAUUCGUUAUCAGUGUACAUCAUAUGGAAUCAUUCGAGUACUUGGUUGUGUGGAUGAUAAUGGUCUAUUCGUUGAACUCGGAAGGGAUGUAUUGAUGCAUAAUAUCGUACAUCGGUGUUAUAGAUUGGACAAAACGACAGUUUACCACCGCUUCGCAUGUGUUGGACGAACACUGGCCGAAUGUAUCCUUACACCUUCAGUGCAACGACUACCCCCAGUUCCCGAGACAUAA